UUCAUUAAAAUCCGUAGGCAUGGACCAAGAGAAUAAAUAAGGACCCCCAACUCCCGUUAGCGCUGACAUCAGCGCUCCCUGGCAGAGGGUCUGAACUAAACCGACGAUUGGGUCCUCCUGUUUAUAUUUCCAUGCACCACCUAUUUAGGCUUAUCACUCAGUCACUCUGAUUGCGAAGCAUCAUUAUUAUUCUAUGCUCCCUACUCCCUCUACUCCCUCUAUCCCGUAAACGUUGGUGAAUAUGGCUGCUGCUGUGGGACGUAUAUCUGCCUCUCGGCUUUUAAAGACAAAUUCCAGUCUCGCACCGUUUCAGGUAUGCUCACUAUCCACUGCUCACAGCUGGACCCGUGGACGCAAAUUGUUAUGGACAAGUAUCGGUGUCGUCGCAGGAGGAGCUGGAGCACUCUUUCUAGCAUUAGAAACUUCAGUGAAGGCAACGGACAUAGAAUUGCAUCCCCCGAAGCUACCAUGGGAUCACAAGAAAAUCCUAGGGGGUUAUGACCAUAGAAGUGUCCGUCGAGGUUGGGAAGUAUACAAGAAUGUAUGUGCAGCAUGCCAUAGUAUGAGGUACCUUUGCUACCGAGAUCUAGUUGGUGCUACCCACACUGAAGCAGAAGCCAAAGCAGAGGCAGAAGAACAAAUGAUUGAAGAUGGCCCGAAUGAUGUUGGAGAAAUGUUUAAACGACCAGGAAAAUUGUCAGACCAUGUACCGUCGCCAUAUCCGAAUGAAGAAGCUGCACGUGCUGCCAAUGGAGGUGCAUAUCCACCAGACCUAUCGUACAUUAUUCCUGCUCGACACGGAGGAGAGGAUUAUGUAUUCCAUCUUUUAACUGGUUAUCAUGAACCUCCAGCUGGUGUAGCACUGAGAGAAGGUCUUCAUUACAACCCAUACUUCGUUGGCGGUGCUAUUGGUAUGGCUCAAGCUCUUUAUAGUGAGAUUAUUGAGUAUGAAGAUGGCACUCCAGCCACCCAGAGUCAAUUGGCGAAAGAUGUGACCAACUUUUUAGCGUGGGCUGCUUUCCCUGAAUUGGAGGAAAGGAAGCAAGUUGGAAUAAAGUCCAUUGCGCUCUUAUCCAUCUUACUUUUUGCCACGUUGUAUUUGAAACGAUUCCGCUUUUCUGUCAUGAAGACACGCAAGAUCCAAUACAAUCCACCCAAGAAGGACGUUUAAAAGAGGAGUGGCAUAUUAGUUGAAGUUUUCGCUUUCUUUAAAUUGCCUCAAUACAUUUAGUAGGUUAACUAUUAAGCGGUAUUAAGUAUUUAUUUUAAAUCAACAUUUAUACACAGGAUUCUUGUUUCUAAAAGUGUCAGUACUCAAACUUUUUUUCCCUUCCUGCUGUAAAGUAAGUUCUGCACACUCCUCUCCAAUCUACUAGUGAAUGUAAAUAAACUUUGAUAAUUGGUGAGAUUAGUUUAAGAUAAAAUUAUAAUGUAAACUCGAAGCUAUUUGCAUCAUCCGCUUCGAAGGUUCUGAAACAGAAGGAGAUGAAGAAAUUGAGAAUGAAGGAAAACUUGAAGACAGUGUAUAUCUGUUGCAUUUUAAGAGAAUACAAUGUUCUGUUAUUAUAACGUUAACUUAAUAUACAUAAUGUACAUAAAUGUUUUCAAUGAAUGUAGAGUGCAUUUUGAACAACUGUUGUUUGUAUGUUUUCCUGAAGCAAAUUGUAAAGUGGAUUAUGAAUUGCAGGAAUGAUGUCUCAUUGUUAUUUAAAAA